AUGCAUUUAGCUCCGUUCAUCAUCACGGCUGGGCUCUCCGCUGCGGCGAUCAUUCCCCGACAAACCAAUACCUGCGACAACCCUAUCAAGCGCGUAGAAUGGCGAGAGUUGGACCCGACUCUCCAAACCCAGUACAUCGACGCUCUCUUGUGUCUCAAGACCAAGCCGUCUGAAAUAGGUCUCAACACGACACGCUACGACGAUUUCCCCUAUGUGCAUACCCACCUUGACAAAAGCAUCCACACGGUGGCCAUGUUUCUCCCCUGGCACAGGAUGUUCGUUCAAGUCUACGAACAAGCCCUGGUUGAUUGCGGCUACACUGGUCCCAUGCCGUAUUGGGAUUGGACGCUCGACACGGCGGAUGUGACUAGGUCUCCCAUUUGGGACCCGAUCCACGGAUUUGGCGGCAACGGCGACCCCAGCGUCGAUCCCUGGACCGAAAGCAGCAAGAAAAAGUGCCUCGUGGACGGACCUCUGCAGGGCGUCGUGCCCGCCUACACGAUGGGGGGAUAUGAACCGCACUGCCUGGCCCGGAACUGGAACAACGGAACUGCCUUUCCCGGAAACAUGUUUGCUCAGCAUUACACGACCGAGGCUGUGGCGGCCAUCCACGCUCUUGAAGACUACGCAUCCUUCCGCUACCAGCUCGAGGGUGGGCCGCACGGCGCCGUUCACUCUGCCGUCGGCGGCGAUAUGAUGCCUGCUACAUCGCCGAACGACCCCAUCUUCUUCCUCCAUCACACCCAGGUCGACCGGCUGUGGGCUCUCUGGCAGCAGGAGAACCCCGUGGCUCGGAACAUGGACUUUGCUGGCCCAAAGACCCAGGACCAGAACACGACAGAAGCCACACUCGACGAUAUCAUGCCGUUUAUGGGUAUUACGCCGGAUAUCAAGGUGGCAGAGGUCAUGGAGAUCGGGACGCCCCGACUCUGUUACAGUUAUUAA